GGCUGAAAGAGUGUUGCACUAGCAGACAAGGGGCCUGUCUUACCUUCGAAGGAACUUGCUUGGAGGGGCUCUUGGCAAGGGAAGCAGUGUGGCCUCCUCCAGUAACAAUAUUCCCAGUUUUAAUUCAGGUAGAAGUGUUUCUGAAGACAUCUUGCUGUUGAACUGUCCAUUCAUUCCCUGAGGUCACCAGGAGCAUCAAUGGAGACAGUUGUGAUUGUAGCCAUUGGGGUAUUGGCAACCAUCUUCCUGGCUUCUUUUGUGGCUCUGGUUGUGGUAUGUAGGCAGCGUUACUGCCGACUCAAGGACUUUUUGAAUCAUUAUGAUACCAGGCCUAUUGUUGACCUAAUUGGCACGAUGGAGACACAGUCUGAACCUUCUGAAUUGGAGAUGGAUGAUGUGGUAAUAACAAACCCACAUAUUGAAGCAAUCCUGGCAAAUGAGGACUGGAUUGAUGAUGCUUCGGGCCUGGUCUCUCACUGCAUUGCUAUCCUAAAGAUCUGCCACACUCUCACCGAGAAGCUUGUUGCCAUGACAAUGGGGUCAGGAGCUCAAAUGAAGUACCCAGCAAGCCUGAAUGACAUUAUUGUGGUAGCCAAACGAAUCAGCCCAAGGGUAGAUGAUGUGGUUCGAUCUAUGUAUCCACCACUGGACCCCAAACUGUUAGAUGCUAGGACGACGGCGCUGCUGCUCUCGGUGAGUCACUUGGUGCUGAUCACGCGGCAUGCCUGCCAGUUCCCCAGCCGCAUGGACUGGAUCGACCAAUCCUUGUCCGCGGCGGAGGAGCACGUGAGCGUGCUGCGCGAGGCAGCCCUGGCUUCGGAGGCGGAGCGAGUUCCUUCUGGGUCGGAAGGCUUUCUGCAUGAGCAGUCUACAAUUUGAGAGCAAGGGGAAGAGGGGAGGGGGCGCGUUGUCGUAAAUGGCUCUGGGCUUCCUCUUUUUCGUUGAGUAUUGAGCAGCGCUGAUGAUUUGGCACAAUGUCUGUUAUCCUGAGGAUGAUAGAAGCGCCACCUCCACUGUUCUAGUCUUUCAUCUGGAUUAGUGACCCUGAGAUAUACUCGUGCUGGAGGGGUAGAACUGGGAAGGAGGACAUAGUGUUAAUGUUAGUACUUUUUGUCAGCAAUCAGAAAUAUUUUGACUGUGGCGCUUGUUGUUAAUUAUAGUUAACAGCCAAGAAAAAAAGGAGGGAGUUUUAUAUAGAUAGACCUCGAUUUAAGAUCACAAUUGAGCCCAAAAUUUAUGUUGUUAAGCAAAGCAGAUGUUAGAUGUCUUUCUCCCUUUUGCGAUUUUUCUUGCCACACUUAAGCAAAUCACUGAAGGUGUUAAAUUUGUAAUAUAGUUGUUAAGUGAACCUGACUUCCCCGUUGACUUGACUUAUCAGAAUAUUGUAAAAGAUAAUUACUAGGACACUGCCAUGCAGUCCCCAUAAAUACAUGCCAGUUGCAAAAUGUCCAAAUUUUGAUCAUGUGAUCAUGGGGCUGUUGCAAUUGUUAAGUGUGAAAAAUGCCACUUUUUCCAGCGCUGUUGUGACUUAAUGGUCACUAAACAAAUGGUUGUAAGUCAAGGACUACUUGUACCAAAACUCUUGUGGGUAAUUAAGUGACAGUGGCCCAUGAUUACAGUAAGGACCCCUGGCCCUUGGCGUCUUUGAUAGUAAUUCCCCUACCCAUUACCUACCUGAUUCGGAAACACUUUCAAGUUUCUGCAAAACUAAUUCUACAGUUCUUUGGAUUCUAACUCAUGUUUUCUUUCUAUAUGAAAAUAAUGUGUACAGUGUAAAUUGGGAGAUUGUAGAGGAAUUAGCAGCUGAUUGAGUCAGUAAAUUCCUCUUGAACAACUGCAGGUUGAACUUGAAACCAUUCAGAUGUAUAUAGAGAGAGUUUUCCCUCUCAUUCAGAUUUUUGUAAUAAAUAGUCCUUUCCAUGUAUUCAAUAUCUCUUAUUGCUAAUAUUAAUGUAUGACAAAAACCUCUUAUGAAGUUAUAUCUGAAUGUUAGCUAACAUCUAUUGUUCAUCCAAGUAUUUCCAGACUGGGUCGUUUCCUGGUUUGCCUUUUGCACAGAUUUUUGUUUACAUCUAUAUUACCCAUUAUCAUUACCACUUUCAUGUAAACGUAAUAAAAAUUUCAGUUU